AUGGGUAAACAUUUUGGAGAGUUAGCAUUUGUUCGGGGUAUUAUAUAUUAUUCGUUAUCACCUCACGAACAAAAACCAUUUGCUGGGGCAUUUAAAGAUGGGAUACCUAACAUGUUUGCAAGAUUUAGACAAACCGGAUGGACUUGGUUGCCUGUGUUUCUGACGGGUUUUGGGAUAUUUAGCUGCGUUGAGGCGGCGCACAAGGAACGACAAAAGAAAAACCCUAAUGAUUACAUCAACGAAGUUGAUCCAAAUGCUUAA